AUGCCGACUAUGUGGCUUUCAGAUACCCAAAAGAUUGGGGUCGCCUUCUGCUCCGGGGGCGGACUUUUUCUAAUGGGUGGUGUCAUGAUGUUUUUUGACCGCGCCAUGCUAGCGAUGGGCAACAUACUCUUUAUAAUUGGUCUUACACUCAUCAUCGGAACAACAAAAACGGUCGCCUUCUUCGCCCGCAAGCAAAAAUGGAAAGGCACCCUUGCCUUCGUUGCCGGCAUAUCGCUCAUUCUCAUGCGCUGGGCAUUCGUCGGCUUCAUAGUCGAACUAUAUGGCAUACUCGUUCUUUUCGGCGACUUCCUCGCAACCAUUGCGGGAUUCGUUAGCAACGUACCGAUCAUUGGCCCCUACAUUGCAAAGGCUCUGCAGGCAAUAAGUGGAGCGACGAGAAACUCGGACCUGCCAGUCUAA